AUGGCUUCCAAGUUUCUGAGAGAGUACAAAUUGGUGGUUGUCGGCGGAGGUGGUGUCGGUAAAUCGUGUCUUACGAUUCAAUUGAUUCAAAGCCAUUUCGUCGAUGAAUACGACCCAACAAUCGAGGACUCGUACCGAAAGCAAUGUGUCAUUGACGACGAGGUCGCGCUUCUCGAUGUUCUCGACACCGCCGGCCAAGAAGAGUACUCUGCCAUGCGAGAGCAAUACAUGCGGACGGGCGAAGGGUUUCUGCUCGUUUACUCCAUCACGUCCCGCCAGAGUUUCGAAGAGAUCACAACCUUCCAGCAACAAAUCCUGCGAGUCAAGGACAAGGACUACUUCCCCAUGGUCGUUGUGGGCAACAAGUGCGAUCUGGAGGGCGAGCGAGAGGUUACCAGGCAGGAGGGUGAGAACCUGGCAAGGUCAUUCGGCUGCAAGUUUAUCGAGACAUCAGCAAAGUCUCGGAUCAACGUCGACAAGGCAUUCUACGAUAUCGUACGCGAAAUCCGACGCUUCAACCGCGAAAUGCAAGGGUACUCGACCGGCAGCGGCGCAUCUGCACCAAACGGUGCCGUCAAGCCGAUGGAUGUCAGCGAUAACGAUGCCGAGGCGGGAUGCUGCUCCAAGUGCGUGAUAAUGUGA